AGUAUGACUUAAUAGAAAAUUUCAUGGGCAACAGCUGACAAUCCUAUACACCACCCGGGCUGAGAAUGUCCGCAGCCGUGCUCUCGCUUGUUGAACGAGCUUGCAACACGGAGACUGGCGUUGAUGAUGCUCGUGUAGCUGCUGUCAAUGACAUCGCGCAGCAAGUCAGCGAGCGGAGGCUGGCGCUUGUCGAUCUGGUGGUGGCACUACAUGGGCCGCUGACCUCUCCGGAAAAGGAGGCGCGGGAGCACGGCACACGGCUGCUGGGCGAGGUGGUGGCGCGGGCUCGUGCGGCUCUGAAUGCGGGCGAGCUCCACACACUGGCGGAGUUCCUGGCGGCUCGGCUGCGGGACUGGCCGUGUGUGGGCGCGGCCGCCGCCGCCUGCUGCGCGCUGCUACAGCCGCCCGAUGCUGCUGCUGCUGCUACUGCUGCCGCGGGGUCGAGUGCGGCUGCCGAGCUGCUGCGCGAUGACAGCGCCCUGGUGGUCAUGGAGGCGGCCGCAGAGAUGCUGCGCACCGCCCAGUCCUUCCGGCAGGAGGAGCGCGGCGCCCUGCUACAGCUGCUGCUGCAGCUGGCCGCGCCCGGCAGACGCUGGGCGGCGCUGGCGGCGGGACGCCGCAGCGGCGGCGCCGCCGCCACUUCCGCCGCGGCCGCUGCCCCUGUAUCCGGCGCCGCUGCCUCUGGUGCUGCUGGUGGGGAGGGCGGGGCAGCAGGUGGAGGUGGAGGCGGAGGAGGGGGCGGCGGCGCGGCUCCGCCGCCACCUCCCGACCUUUUGGAUGCGUUCUUGGGGGCGGCGGACGGCGAGAAGGACCCGCGCUGCCUGCUGCUGGCGUUCCAGGCCGUGCAGGCGCUGUGCGCGCUGCAUCACGCACCGGGCGCCGACGCCGCGCCGCUCAAGGCCCUGGCCGACGAGGUGGUGGACUGGGCGUCCGCCUACUUCCCCAUCGCCUUCAACCCGCCGCCGCCGCGGCCCGGCGCCGGCUCCGCCCCCGCCGCCAUCAGCCGUCAGCAGCUGGCGGCGGCUCUGGAGGGCGCGCUGGCGGCCAGUCCCUUCCUGGCGGGCUCGGCGCUGCCGCUCAUGCUGGAGAAACUGAGCUCCACCUACAGGCCUGCCAAGGAGGACGCUCUGGGUGCGCUGCGGCGCUGCUGCCCCGCCUACGGCCCGGACGCACUGGGGCCGCACGUGGCGCAGAUCUGGCCCGCUCUGCGGAGUGAGGUGAUGGCCCCCAUUACCGCAGCAGGCGGAGCAGCAGCAGCCCCUGCACCGGCAGGCGGCCUCGGCGGCCCCGGCGGCCUGGGCGGCCCGGGCGGCGACGGCGAGGGGCGACUGGCUCUGGCGCGGGCGGCGGCGGGAUGCCUGACGGUGGUGGUGCGGGCGGCGGGACCGGGAGCCAUGGAUGCAGCGGCACUCCAGGACGCCGCCGUCACCGACCUGUUGGCAGUGGUGCGGCGGGCUGCAGCCGCAGCCGCUUCCGCUGCCUCGCCGGCGGCGGCGGCGGCGGCGGCGGCGGGCGCACUGGCGGCCUCUGCCGGGGGCUCGGCGGCGGGGUGGCGGGCGGACGUGACGGUGCUGUGUGGGGCCAUGCUGCUGGCGGCGGUUUGCGCCGCGGGCCCCGCGGCCACAGAGCGCGCGCAGCCGGCCGUGCUGGGGCCCCUACUGGCACUGCUGCGGGGCUCGCUCGAACCGGCCCCGGCCCACCCUGAUGCUGCCACUGCCGCUCUUUCCACGGAGGCGGCCGACGCUGCAGCUGCUACAGCCGGCACCAGCGGUGGCAGUAGCAGCGUGCAAGACAGGUGGAACCAGACGCUGUAUGGGCUGCACGUGCUGACGUCAGUGGUGGCGGCAGUAGCAGCGGAGCUUGCGCCUGGCCCAAGCGGCAAUGACGGCGGCAGCAGCGGCGGCAGUAGCAACGGCAUCGGCAUCGGCGGCGGCGGCUCGGGAGCAGGGCCAUGGCUGGGGCCGGCGGGUGCUGGCGGCAUUGAGGCACUGGCGGAGGUGCGGACCGGGCUCACAGCGUGCCUAGCCCUGCUACAGCCACUGCUGGACGCCUCGAGUGGCAGUAGCAGCGACGGCGAUGUGGCAGCGGACCUGGCGGCGGCGGCGGGCUGCUACAGCCCGGUAGCGGCGGCGCAGCUGCGCCUAGCGGCAGUAGCAGCAUGGCGUGCGCUGCUGUCCCUGCAUGCCGCGGCACUGGCGGCACCGGCUGCAACGGCUGUAGCAGCAGCCGCGCGGGACAAGCUGCUACUGCCGCCGGCGGAACUGCAGGCGGCGGCGCGGCAGAUGGCGGCCUGCGCGCUGAGUGAUGGCGUUGCGGCUGUAGCAGCUGACGGCGCGGGCGCGGCUGUAGCAUGUCGAAUGGCAUGGGGUCGCGGCAUGGACGUCGGGGCGGAGGCGGAGGCAGCAUUGCGGCAGCUGCUGCUGCUACAGCCGCAGCAGCCAUUGGCAGACGGGACGGCGGCAGAGGCCGGGGCGGUGGCGCCGCUGCUUGUGUCCAGCUUGACUGAGGCGAUGGGGCGGCAGGGCCCCGCGCGUGCGGCCGCGCUGCGGUUGGCUGUGCAGCUUGCGUCGGCGGCUGGCGGCAGUAGCAUCAGCAGUAGCAACGGCAGUAGCGUCAGCUCGGCAGCUGCUACAGCCGCAUGCGGCGGCGAUGGCACGGCGUCGUUCGCCGCGGCGCUGCUCGAGGCGUUGUCGCCGCUGCUGCUGCGACAAGCACGAGACGCCUCGGCAGACGAUGAGGCCUGGCUGCAUGACUGCCUCAGCCAGCUGUCAAGCCGUGUGCUGCCCGCCCUCGCCGCCCGCCCACCCACCGACACGCACCGAGCCGCCGCCGCCGCCGCGGCGCAGCGCCUGGCGGCAGCGGCACUGGGCGCCGCCGCAGACGCCUGGGCGGCCGGCGGCUGCCGAGGGCUGCCAUUCGGCGAUGCCGCCGCCGCCGCUGCAGCUGCUGCGGCCGCCGCCGUGUCGUCGUCAGCAGGGGCAGAGGCGCCGGCGCUGCAGCGGCAGGGCGGCGGCGGUGACGAGGCGGCGGAGGCGGCGGCCCAGCUGGUGUCGGGCUGGGCGGGUCUGGCGCAGCAGCUGGCGGCGGUGUGUGACGAUCGACAACAACUGGCGCUGGCCAUGGACGCCGCGGAGUGCAUUGCUACAGCCAGCGGCAGCAGUAGCGGCAGUAGCUCGUCGGCGGCGGUGGCGGCUGGGUGGGUGCGGCUGCCGCUGGCGUGUGGUCUGGUGGCGGGGCUGAGGCCGGCCGUGCUGGCGCCGCAGAGCACACAGGCGCUGGCCGACAGUCUGCUGCGGCUGCUGGCGGCGGCACCGGGUGCCGCUACGCCGCCACUGCCCGAGCACACGGCGUGUGCGGCGUGUGUGGCGCUGGGUGCGGCCGUCAACCGCUGGCAGGACGCGGCAGCCCUGGACGGCUGGGUUGCCGGCUCCUUCCGACCCGCUCUCCUGGCACGGCUACCCGGCAGCAGCAGUAGCAAUGGCAGUAGCAGCAGUAGCAUCCGUGGCGGCGCCGCCGCCACGCACGCCGCCGCUGUGGGCUGGGUGGGGCGGGCCCUGGCGCUGCGCAACCACGCCGCCCUUGGCGACGUCAUCCAGGCCCUCCUGGGCGUCCUGGCAGCUGCUGCUACAGCCACUGUUGCAGCCACUGCUACUGCCGCUGAAGCCGGUGCGCCUACGGACAUGGAGGUGGAAGGCGGCGUGGGCGACGGGCCGCACGCACCUGCGCGCUCCCAGGCUACGGCAGAGGCUGCGUCGGCUGCGGCGGAGGCGUUUGGCGUGCUCGUGGCAGAACAGGCGGCCAGCGGCGGAGUGGGCUUGCCGGCGCGGCCCGCGGCGGCUGUGUGCCGCGUGCUGUGGCAGCAGCGCACCCUCUCGCUUUGCAUCCAGUCCCUGUCCAGCGCCGUCUCGCCGCAGCAGCUGCGGCCGCCCACCGAUGCGGCCGCCGCGCUGCUGCCGCUGCCGCUGGCGACGGCGGUUGCCUGUCUGGUGUCGGCCGCACCUCGCGGCCUGUGCAGGGCCGAGUCCGCCCGCCUGACGCCACUGCUCCUGGGCUCCGUGCUGCGCCUGUGCGCCGAGCUGGGCCCCGGCGCCGACGCCGACGGCCCCGCUGCCGCUACUGCCACUGCCGCUACUGCCACUGCCGCAGCCGGCGGCCCAGCUCCGCAGCCCCAGCCGCAGCCGCAGCCUCCGGGCGCUGUGGCCCAGGCGGCGGCGGCGCUGAGCAGCGCCCUGGGCGUGUUGGGCGACUGGCUGGCGCUGCAGGCGACACAGCCGGCGCCGGCGCUGGGCCAGGCGCUGCAGGACCACGUGCCCGAGCUCGUCGCCUGCGUGUGCGCCGCCGCGGUGGCCGUGCCGCCGCCACCUGCGCACCCCUCUCUCACUACCUCUGCCUCAGCCGCCGCCGCCGCCGCCGCCGCCGCCGCUGCUGCCGCCGCCGCGGUGGCGGUGCGGGAGGAGGGCCUGCGCUGCGUGCUGGCGCUCAUGGACGCCGUGCCGUACCACCUGCUGCACCCACUGCGGGCCAAGGUGCUCGCCGUGAUUGUGCGCGCGUUGGAUGACGACCGCCGCAGCGUCCGGCAGCUGGCGGUGCGGGCGCGCCGUACGUGGAGCGACAAGUAACACACUGGUUGCCGGCAUGUGUGGCAGCAUUGCGGUGGCGUGACGAUGUUGGCGGGUUGUGGCAACAGACGGCUAGGCCGUGGGCGGGCGUGGGACAUGGGCGGGCGUUGACGGCAGGUUGCAGCAAUGCAACCCCUGGCACGGUGUGCCGCGUAGAGCGGUGCCAGGGCCUGGGCAGCGGGACGAGGUUUGGCGAAGACGGGUCCGCACUGGCUAGCACAAUUACAGACAUGGAAGCCUGGUGAUUGUCUGCGUUACGCCACUCAUGACAAGAUCAUGGGGUUUGGGCAAUAGGAGCUGGUGGCGGGACGAGCACACGCCAGGUGUUGGAAGGGCGUCGAAGGUGUGUGUCGAAAACGCGUCACAGGGCAGAGUUGUCGUGCGCCGCCUGGUGACGUGGCGGGCCGGUCCUCCGGGCGCCCCUGCAAGUCCGGUCACCGACAUAUGGCUGCCACGUGUCAGCGGACCUGCAACUGAAAAUGCAAGCUACUUUGGCAACGCCGUCAAGUGACGUUUUGCCGCCUGUCAUGCACUAUGGCCAGACAUUCGGUCGCUGCGAGCGGCAGGAUGCCUCGCGGUCUCGGCCAUGCUCCGGCUUGGUAUGGCGCCACUCAACCAGCUUGAGCCACAGUUUGGCCCUGUGGGCGCUUGUGACCAUAUGGAGGUAUCGGAGGCAGCUGCUGCACGCCUGCACCGGCAGGUGGCGCAGUCUGGGCUCGUGGGAUAGCCGGCGUGUGACCGCACAACCAGAUCAGGCAGCAGCUUGCUUUAUGGAGGCGCUGGCUGGAGCAGGGCAGCGCAGGCGGUGCUCGCAGACCGCCUGGGGGCAUAUGGGUCGUUCGGCUCAACGUACCGUCUGGUGUAAGACUUCGUCCCG